AUGGCAACCAACACUGUAAGCUUGAAGCUCUUGAUUGACACAAAGGGCCACAAGGUUCUGUUUGCUGAAGCAGGCAAGGACUUUGUGGAUUUCGUUUUCACGCUGCUGGCUUUACCUGUUGGAACUGGACACAUUGCUGAAACCGAGGCACCAAUUGGUGGUGCUAAUGUUCCUCAUCUGUUGACCAAUGAUGAAUCAUUGGCUAAAAAGGUGUACAUGUGUGGGAGCUACCCCCGCUUUAUAGCUGACGAUCCUAGAGCCAUUUGCCCACAGUGCAAAUAUACUCUCUCUACCGAGGUGCCUUAUGUUGCAGCACAGGCUAUCACGGAAGGAUCGUCUGGUGGUGGGAGGAGGGGUCUGAAAUUGCUCAAGGCAUCAUUGGAGUCUAACGCAGUUCUCACCAAUGUCUUCCUUGAGAAGAAAGAGGAGUAA